AUGGCACAUCAAGCUACAAUAGUUAUUGAUCAUCUCACUGCUAAUUCACCGUUGCUGAAAGCAGUUUUCCCACUCCUGGUCCCUGUCCUCCUCCUCUUCGUCCUGCUACGCUACUUCUCUACAGGAACAACAACGAUUAAUAACAAGCAAGGAAAGAAACUGCCUCCGUCACCUCCGGCCCUGCCGCUGAUCGGGCACCUUCACCUCGUCGGUGCGCACCCGCAUAUCUCUAUGCGGGGCCUCGCCGCCCGGCACAGUGGCGAGGACCUCAUGCUGCUCCGCCUCGGCGCGGUCCCGACGCUUGUGGCGUCGUCCCCGCGUGCCGCACAGGCGGUGCUGCGCACGCACGACCAGUCGCUGGCCUCGAGGCCCCGCUCCAUCUUCGGCGACAUCCUCGGGUACGGGCCGUCCGACGUCGGGUUCGCGCCCUACGGCGACGGGUGGCGGCAGGCCAAGAAGCUGGUCACCACGCACCUGCUCAACACCAAGAAGGUGCAGUCCUACCGCACCGCCCGCGAGGAGGAGGUGGGAGUGGUUAUCGACAAGAUCCACCGCGCAGCCACUUCAGGCGAGGCUGUGGACUUGAGCGAGCUCCUGAGCUCGUUCACGACGGACAUGGUGUCCCGAGCCGUGGUGGGGCGGUCGUUCAGGGUGGAUGGCCUGGACAAGGUGUUCAAGGAGGUGAUGGACGCGAGCAUGGCCGUCCUUGGGGGCUUCAGCCUGGAGAACUUCUAUCCUGGCCUGGCCAAGGUGGCCGGUGGGGUGCUCAUGUGGUCCGGGCGCCGCAAGGCUGAGAGACUCAGGGACCGGUGGGAUGAGGUCCUUGAUAAGGUGAUCGACCAGCACGCGAGCUUGGCGGCGGCAGGUGGACCACCGGCACACCAUGAGAGUGAUUUUAUUCAUGUGUUGCUAUCGGUGCAAGUGGAGUACGGGCUCACCAGAGACGGCAUCAAAGGAAUCUUGUCUGAUUUGUUUGCAGCGGGCACAGACACAGCGUACUUGGUUCUAGAAUUCACCAUGGCUGAACUGAUGCUGCACCAAGAUGUUAUGGCAAGGCUACAGGCAGAGGUGAGAAGUAGCAUGCCUAAGGACCAAGAAGUCAUCACAGAAGAGUACCUCACCGGAAUGCCAUAUCUAAAAGCUGUCAUCAAAGAAACGCUCCGUUUGCACCCGCCGUCGCCGCUUCUCCUCCCACAUCAGUCACUAGAGGAGUGCACCAUCGAUGGCUACGUGGUGUCUGCUGGCACCACCGUGUUUGUCAACGCCUGGGCAAUCGGCCGCGACCCGAGGUCAUGGGGCGAUGCUGCAGAGGAAUUCAUGCCGGAGAGGUUCAUCAACAAGGGGGCCACAAAGGGUGUCGAUUUUAGAGGGAUUGACUUUCAGUUUCUGCCAUUUGGGUCCGGCCGAAGGAUGUGUCCUGGCAUGAAUUUUGGCCUGGCCAACGUUGAAAUCAUGCUAGCAAAUCUUGUGUGCCAUUUUGAUUGGGAGAUGACGGCAGGAGCGAACGAGAUUGACAUGACAGAGGUGUUUGGAUUAACUGUGCACCGCAAAGAUAAGCUCAUUCUCACUCCAAGGUUACCAUCUUGUGUUGCUCAACCACUGGAGGGCUAG